AUGGAGCGCAUGUGGCGAAAAGUAAACCACAGUUUGCGCAACACCAGCAAGUCGCAACCACAGCAACCAGCAGGUGCCGACGGAAUCAUCGGUGGCGCCGCCACAGGAGCCACUGCUGCCACGCCUCAAUCCACCGACACGAUUAGUUCGGCUGGCGGAUUCGGCGAUGGUCAGCUGGUGGUAGCUGUCCAGGGAUUGGCCACCGGAGGCAUUGGUGGAUCCAUCGCCGCCAGUGGGGGCAGCAAUGCCACCGGAAGACGCCUGGCCAGCAGCGGCGGAGGUGGCGGAUGUAACAAAUCCCUCAGCCAGCAUGUCCUGCAAACACGUACCGCUUCCUCGGAACGCCGCAGGCGGCGUCGGCGGAAGAGUCGUCCACGACGUGGCGGUGGAAUGGGAGUCACCAGUUGCGUCGGCGAUCCUGGUGGCGACAAUAUGUCUUCCUCGGGCGGCUUUUAUACCCUGAAAGAGCACCAGCACUAUCGUCCCAGUCACCAUCAUGGCGGAGGCGUCUCUGUUGCCGGUGGCGGUGGCUCAUCCCGUCGUCUGUUCGCCACUUCGGCGCCCAGCGGCACAGUGAUGAUGUAUCCCAACCCCCAGCGCGCCACGGCACUAGCAACAACCGGAGGAUCUGGAUUCGGGCAGGCAACCACUGCGGGCGGCGGCGGAGGAGCUGGAGCCGCUGGAGGUGGUGCGGCUGGGUCUGGAUCUGGAGGACAGCCGGACAUCUCACUGAGACAGCGGGCGGUGGCCAAGUUGCGCAUGUUCAACUUCCAUCUCAACUGGGAUCUGCACAUGACGCACUGCAAGCCCUGCGGUCCCCGUUUGAGUGGCAGUGGUGGCAACAUAAUCACCCGAAGGCUGUGCCGCAAUCGUCGGCGGGAUGACAACGAACUGUACCGCUCCAAUAGCUUCAAGUUCGAGCGAUUCGAGCGCAAGGAGUGCCUGGAGGAGCUGUCCAACACGUUGCAGAAGCAGAACUUAGCUCACAAGAGGGAUCUGCAUUUGUUGUAA